CUUUUAUGUCAGACUCGACGUUAUAAACUUAGCUCUACUCAACUGUCGACUCAAACUCCCUGAACGCAUCAUAGACUCCUGUCUUCUUAUCAGUAACCAUGUCUGCUGAAGUCUCUCAUGGUCGCGGCGGCGCAGGCAACUUCAAGCCUGACGAUACCGAGUAUGUCGACGGCGAGGUUGUUCGAACUGGCGUUGUUGGAAGCCACGGUGAUGGCGCGUACAGUUCUGGUCGUGGAGGUGCUGGCAACAUCGCUGACAUAGGCACACCCACCACCGAGCGCAAGGAUGUGGACAUCAUCCCCGAGACUGCUGUCCGACCAAGCCAAGACGGCCGAGACUACCAUACCGGUCGUGGAGGCGCUGGUAACGCGCAGACCGCAGGUUCUGAGAAGGAGUCCGAGGAGCGCGAGAAGCCUGUGAUCAAGACUCCUGUUGGUCUUGCUGACAAGCUCAAGUCCAAGAUCUUUGGCCACAAGAAGUAGACUCCUGUUCGAUUGUCCGUGACAAGUCUCGAAUUGCGACUUGACCUUGAGGAGGCGGGAUUUAUCGUUCUCAGGUUGCGUUAUCGUUGAUAUUGGUUAUUGUGGAAAUACCCCUGAUGCCAUACUGUUCUUCUGAAUAAUUUGAUUUCUAUCGUGUCGCUUGCUUUAUCGCGCAAUGCGCGAGCAUGUGGG